AUGGGAGACUUGCCUUCUAGUAGAUUUGGUGUUGGAAAAGCAUUUCUUAACGUUGGACUUGAUUUUAGUGGACCAUUCUUUAUAAAACCUAACCUGACAUGCAGCACAGUAAGAAUUAAAUCGUACAUUGCUCUUUUUAUUUGCUUUGCCACAAAAGCAAUUCAUCACAAGGUUGUUUCAGACUUAUCAACAGAUGCUUUUCUAGCGGCUUUAAGACGGUUUAUCUCUAGACGUGGAAGGCCGGUAAAUCUCUAUUCUGAUAACACAACGAAUUUUCGAGGAGCAGCAACCUACAUAAGAGACCAAUCAGUGCUUCUCAAUUCUGCUAAAAUUCAAAAUUUUGCAGCUCAAGAAUCUAUUGUAUGGUAUUUUAUCCCACCUUCAGAUCCACAUCUUGGAGGACUGUGGGAGGCUGGAAUCAAAUCUGCAACAUUUACUGCAAGUUAG